AUGUUUGUUUUGUGGAACUGUUCUAAAAUUUCUAGGGAUGGAGCUAUGGAGGAAGUUCCUGCAGGUGAAAAGGAGAAGAAAGGUCUUAUCCAGCUGAGAAAUGAGAUGAUAUAUUACCUAACAGCUCACCCAACAGUUGUGGAAGGAAGUAGUAUUCCAAAAUUACCAAACCUACCGGAACCAAUUAGUUUUGAAAGGGCUUGCAGCAGAUGUGCCCAUCUGUUAACGUGCUCAGUAUAUCAGAAGAGCAUCGAAGAAAUAACCCCAGACCCAUCUCACGCCAUGUCCACACUGAUUCCACAAGCAACAGGACAUCUUAUGCAGAGUCAUUUAGACUAUUUCCGACUUUGGUGCCUACUUCUGCACUUAGAAAUAGCUGUCAACAAGAAGGAUGGUGCCAUUCGAAAUCUUUGGUGUCAGGAUGCUUCCAAAAGGGAAGCUUCAGGUGACUGCCUAUCCUCAUUGAUACUAGACUCAAGUUGUGAGGUUCAAGAAUACGAAGCAGGUUAUUUUCUCCAUACUUUCAUUCGUUCCCCUUGUCACCCUAACCAUGUGAAUUUGGAAGAUGUUGGCCUCCAGGCUUCAGAGAGUGUUGUAAUUUCAUCUCAGACUGAACUUGCUCUAUGUUUAGGAGUUAUUUCAAGCUUCAGAAAUGGAGGAGUUUGUGUCAUCAUGGACCGAAAUCUGAACGACUAUCCCAAUUGGCGAAGCAAAAUUUUUUCUGUUGACCGGUGUGAGUACCAGAACACAAUGAGUAUUAACUUCACAAAUAUUGCCAGGCUUUUGAUGGACACCCCAAGGGCCACUGUUUUAAGGUCACUGAUUAUUGACAAAACUGUACCAUCCUUCAAGAAAGGCCUUCCACAAGAGGUUGUGAGUAAAGGGAAGCACAUCUUGAAGCGGCUGAACAAAAUCCAGCAGCGUGCAGUUCUUAGGACACUGAUGGCAGAUGAUUAUAGCCUUCUUAAGGGCUUUCCUGGCACUGGUAAAACAUCAACAAUUGUUGCCUUGGUUGAGUUGAUGGUUGCCCUAGGUCAUUCAGUUUUACUAACUAGUUACACCCAUUCUGCAGUGGAUAACAUUCUUCUGAAGCUUAAGUCCCUCAACAUCGAUUUUCUACGUCUGGGAAGAAUAGCUCGUAUCCAUCCAGACUUGACUUCAUAUGCUGAUGAAGUGAUUAUAAAGGAUUUCAAGGAUGUAGCCUCAUUGUCAGAAUUCAAUCUACUGGUUAUUGCUUCUACUUGCCUAGGAGCAAACCAUGUACUGUUUACAAAGAGGACCUUUGAUUUCUGCAUUGUAGAUGAAGCUUCUCAGGUUCUUCAGGCUGCAGCACUGGGGCCUCUAUUUCAUGCUUCUCGUUUUGUCUUAGUAGGAGACCCUCAGCAGCUUCCACCAGUGAUACAAAGCUCACAGGCCAAGGAUAUUGGUAUGAGCGAGUCUCUCUUCGUGCGCCUAGAUUCCAUGGGUGCAACAUCCUGUUUGACUGAGCAGUAUCGAAUGAAUGGACAAAUCAUGAAGUUGGCCAAUUGCCUCAUGUAUGAAGGUCAGCUACAGUGUGCGAAUGCUGAACUCGAGGGAAAGACACUAGACUUACCACAUUUUCAGGAGUUGGCUGCUCCAUCAGAUGGUGCUGAUUGGGUAAGGAUAGUGCUGGACCCCAGCAUUGAACAUUCUGUUGUAUUCAUGGACACUUGCGGUCAUGCACCAGAGGAACGAGAUUGUGCAAAAAUGAUCAUCAACAGCAGGGAGACUGCCUGUGUUCUCGUCCUGAUCAAAGCGUUAUUGAAAGCAGGUGUGUGUGCAGAUGACAUAGGUGUAAUCACUCCGUACCGAGCUCAGGUCAAAAAUAUAUCAAACCAUGUAAAGAAAGAGGUUGAAAUGGGGCACAGAGUAGAGGUGAACACAGUUGACCAGUACCAGGGCAGAGACAAAAGUGUCAUUAUUUAUUCAUGUGUGCGGUCAGGCAUAUUACAGGCAGAGGUAAGAAAACAGGUUUUGUCAUUAACUAUUUUGAUUACGUAUCUUAUUUGGAGGAAUAACCCAAAACAGGAAAGUUCGUUUGUGACCAAUAUAAGUUUACCAGAAAAUCUGGUGAAAUAUUUACAAGAUGAACGUCGCCUUAACGUAGCCAUAACUCGUGCAAAGUACAAGCUCAUCCAUGAUUGGAGACAUGCAACAUUACAGCUUUUUAAUCCUUUUAAAAAACUGACGGACAUUUUAGAGUCAUCACAGGUGGUACAAGAUGAAACAUGGCACCGAUGGUUUAGUUGGUCGGAUCCUGGGGUGGUUUUGGCUUUUGUUUAG